GUCCCAGUAUCUGAAUGCUUUCUGUCUUCCUCUUCCAUCCCAAGGGGUUGACUUUCAAUUUCCUAGAAGAGAAGAAGAACCUCAUUUUUAUUUGAUUCUUAAUUUCUCUACAAUAAUUCUUAUCCAGCAAAUUAAAGUCCAUUUUCCCCGGCCCCUCAUCAAGGAGGAGCAACCUACUAUACACUACCCCCCCCCCCUAAUUGAUCUGUAGAGAAACAAUCAAACACCACCGUCGGAAAUGAAUCAUCAGAGUUUAAGAUGUACUUCAGACAACUUCCGACGACCCACCGCCAUCCGGCCUCCUCUUCCACAAUCAUCACCGCCCCGCCACCGCCACAAAACCUCCAAUGUUCCUUUUUUACUGACUUAAGCUCUUCCAAAUGUUGCUUUUACAAUACUGAGAUACAACAAUGUUCUCCAAGUUCUCACCGGCCACAGCGGAGCUUCAUCUCCUCUUCCAAGACGGCGAGCUCAGAGAGAUCAAUAGAAGAGAACAGAGGAGCAAUAAUGGAGGCAGAGGAAGCGGCAUUGGUGAUUUGUAGUUGCAUCACAAAAGUCUUGCCACCAGCAUUGACUCUUGAAGAAGGGUUGAACAAGAUUGAUGAAGCUAUCCAACACUUGAAAUCUAUGGCUCCUCCAUCCUCUUCCAGUGGCAUGUUUAGAUUCCAGGUUACAGUUCCUCCGAGUUCGAAGGCAUUGAACUGGUUCUGCUGCCAACCGGAGUCAGAUGGUGUCUUUCCACAGUUUUACAUGUCAAAUGAGAAGAACAGUCCAACCUGCAAAACGUUGACAUUGGGAAGAGAUCGAGGCGUAUUUGGAAUUGGAUCAGCAAUACACUUCAAUUGCCGAUAUUCAAAUGGACCGGAGAAUGACAGUUCUUCAACUCGAAGAUGUUUGUCGGUUGAAUCAAAUAUUCCAAGGGUUUAUGGGGUUCUUGAUACCAGAUAUGAUAAGAGCUCUUCAUCUGCAGAGCAUGAGACGGGUUCAUUUUAUCUCUUUAUCCCGCAGAUUGAGUUAAAUGAGUUUACAGACACCUCCAUCUUGGUUGCUACGCUGGCAUGGAACAAUUCCUACUUUCGUUCCUUUGAAGAAGCUAUUCGAAGAUUUGAUUUGUCUCUUUCUCAGGCCAGGCAAAAUUUUUGGGCUUCUGCAGAAGAACGUAGCAAAAAUUACAUUGCUUCUGCUGCUUCGAAGUUUAAUAUGGUGGAGGAUAAGAGUUUCCAAAUGGUAGGUCUCGACUCUCUUCAGGUCAGAGGAAGCCUUCUUCAGGUUGAUGCUAUUGAACUAGCAUCUGAUCUAUCUAGUCAAUUCUCUGCUAGGUUUUCCCCUACAAUGGCGAUUGCCAAUAACAUGUAUCAGAAUAAUCAGUAUAGUCUUACAAGCUACUUAACACGAGAUUGCCCCAACAUGAACAUCUUAUGGGCUACACUUAUAGUGGAAGAAUGUGUUCGUCUUGGGAUAACGUACUUUUGUAUAGCUCCAGGGGCAAGAUCAGCUCUUCUUACAAUCGCUGCUUCUUCUCAUCCCCUUGCAACAUGUGCUGUGUGCAUUGACGAACGGUCCCUUACCUUUAAUGCUCUUGGUUAUGCUAAAGGUUCUUGUAGACCUGCAGCUGUUAUAGUAACAUCAGGAACUGCUGUUUCAAAUCUUCUGUCUGCUGUUGUGGAGGCCAGCGAAGAUUUUGUGCCGCUCCUAUUACUUACAGCUGACCGAUCUCCGGAGCUACUAGAUGCUGGAGCCCUCCAAGCAAUUAAUCAGGUCAAUCAUUUUGGUCAGUUUGCUAAACAUUCCUUCAGUCUUCCGGUACCCACAGACGAUAUUUCUGCAAAAAUGGUUCUCACUACACUUGACUCUGCUGUUUAUUUGUCAACGACUUCACCCUACGGUCCAAUCCACAUCAAUUGUCCUUUCGGUGAACCAAUUGGCUACAACCCCACCACAUGGGAAAGGAAGUGUUUAAAUGGAUUAGAAGAUUGGAUGCUAUCAUCAGAACCAUUUACCACCUACUCCCAAUUGCCACAUUCUAUUGUUUCAAAUCAGUCUCAUGGAAUUAUGGUGGAAGUAGUCAAAUUGAUUCAAGGAGCAAAGAGAGGGAUUUUGGUUCUUGGUGCACUUCAUACUGAAGAUGACAUGUGGGCAGCUCUUUUCCUUGCUAAACAUCUUUCUUGGCCGGUUGUUGCUACCAUCUUGUCUGGAUUAAGAUUAAGGAAAUAUGUGACUUCCUUUUCUGAAAUUGAAGAGAAUAUCAUAUUCCUAGAUCACCUCGAUCACGUACUGUUUUCAGAUGCUGUCAAGGAUUGGAUGCAGGCUGAUGUGAUAGUUCAGGUUGGUGGACAAAUAGCAAGCAAACGCAUUUCGCAAAUGAUAGAGUGUUGCUUUCCUUGCCCUUAUAUAAUGAUUGAUAAGCAUCCGAUGCGCCAUGAUCCUUCUCACAUCGUGACACAUAGGAUUCAGAGUGCCAUUACAGACUUUUCACAUUCUAUUAUCAAAUUUUGUUCUCCCAGUGAAAACAGCCAAUGGAAAGCAUACUUACAAGUUUUGAACUUGGCGGCUGCCCGAGAAACAUCUUCUUUGAUUGCUGCAGAAUGUUCCUUGACUGAACCUUAUAUUGCACGCAUAGCAUUGGAAAAUUUUGAAUGCGAGUCAGCUAUUUUUGUCGGAAACAGCAUGCCCAUACGUGAUGCAGACAACUUUGGAUAUAGUGGGGCAAAAUGCAAUCACAAAACCUCUGAGAUGCUGAACUCAGGCUUCCAGUGCCAUGGGAUUCAGGUUGCAUGUAAUAGAGGAGCAGGAGGUAUUGAUGGGCAGACCAGUGCAGCUGUUGGAUUUGCUGUUGGUUGUAACAAAAGAGUGCUUCUUCUGAUCGGAGAUGUUUCUUUUCUGUAUGAUACAAAUGGACUUUCAUUGCUGAGACAAGGGGUGUUGCGGAAGCCUGUGAUCAUAAUUGUCAUAAACAAUCAGGGUGGCGCUGUCUUCAGUCUCCUUCCAUAUGCAAGUUCAACAGACCACAAGAUUAUGGAUAAAUUUUUCUACACAUCUCAUGAUGUGCAGAUCGGUCAACUAUGCAUGGCACAUGGAUGUCUGGGCAAAUUUGUUCGUCAGGCUGUGGAUCAUUCUUUUGAUGUUUUGUCCAAGAUUUCGAUGUUUGAUAUUGUUUUGGAGCUUUCAAGCAAGAGAAUUGCUAAGAUGGAGUUCUGUAAGUACAGGAUUCCUCUACUUGCUUCAUCUAUGUCAUCUUCUUCUGUAUGCUAUAGAGAAGGAUUUGUAAUAAGUUUAUCUCUUGAAGGUGGAGCCACAGGGUUUGGGGAGGUUACACCUAUUGAAAUCAUCAAAGAAAACCAAAUGGAUGUAGAAGAUCAACUUCAGUUUCUCAUUCAUGCCGUUAAAGGAGGAGAAAUUACUGAUUUUGUUCUACUGCUGAAUGGCUCCUUUGCAUCCUGGUUAUGGAAGUGUUUAGGGAUAUUGCCAGAUUCACUCCUUCCAAGUGUGAGAUGUGGCUUAGAGAUGGCUAUCCUGAAUGCUAUUGCAGCAAGCAAAAAAUCUUCCUUACGAAGCCUAUUCUAUCCAAGGGCAGAAGAGUUGCCUAUAAAGAGCUCAAAUGUCCAAAUUUGUGGCCUUAUUGACUCCAAUGGUAGUCCAAUUGAUAUGGCUUCCGCAGCAGUUACCCUCGUUGAAGACGGUUUUACUGCUAUCAAAAUAAAGGUGGGCCGUAGGGCUAGUCCGAUUGAGGAUGUAAUGGUCAUACAAGAAAUAAGGAAAAAAGUGGGGAAUGAUGUUGUAUUGCGUGUUGAUGCCAACCGAAGUUGGACAUUUUCCGAAGCAGUUGAAUUUGCUAAUUUAGUAAAAAACAGCAACCUGCAGUAUAUCGAGGAGCCUGUUAGGGACGAAGAUGCUAUUUUGAAGUUUUGCGAAGAGACUGGCUUGCCUGUGGCACUGGAUGAGACUAUCAAUACAAGGGCAGAUCCUGUAGAAGUACUUAAGAAGUACACCCACUCGGGUGUUGUUGCUGUGGUAAUAAGACCAAGCAUGAUUGGUGGUUUUGAAAAAGCAGCAUCUGUUGCAAGAUGGGCUCAGCAGCAAGGAAAAUUGGCUGUCGUUGGUUCUACUUUGGAGAGUGGCUUGGGUUUGUCAUCCUAUGUUCAGUUCUCAAGCUAUAUUGAUCUGCAAGGUGCUGAAUUAUGCAGCGUGAUAAAUCAGAACCCACCAAUUUGCUUAGCUCAUGAUCUCGGGACUUACAAGUGGCUUAAAGAAGAUGUGAGCACAGAGCCUUUAGGUCUCUGUGGUGACUCAGAUAAUGGCUUUGCUGUAACCAACAGUUGCCGGUACUUGCGAAAAUUCCAAAUCAAUCAAAAUGUGAUUGUUCAAACAUAUGCUGAAGAAGUAAUACAUGAAUAUCAGUUGCCUGUCGAUUCGGAGGGGACCACCUACUCUCUCAAUGUGGUCGAGAUGGGGAAAGAAGUUGAUCCUCGUCUGUCAGUAGAGAAUGUUGCUGGAGCAAGAUUGGUUCGUCAAGUUAAAGAUGAUUUUAGAGCCAGCUCCCUUGUUUCGUAUGGACUUGAGAACUUUUUAGAUUCCUGGUACACUCAAGAGAUGUGGAACAGCCUAAGGAGUCAUCCUCAUUUCAGCAAAAUCAUUACAAACAGGUUGCAGCAUGGCGACUUGAAUACUCUGGCAAGAGUUCUGUCUGAUUCAAGUGUCGGAAGACAGCAACCACUGUGGGAAGACUUGAAGAAGUGCAGUGUACCGCUUCUGCUUGUUGUGGGUGAUCAAGAUACAAAGUUUAAGGGCAUUGCCAAGGAGAUGCUUCACAAGAUGAGCGACGACGCCAGGAGAGAAGUUAGUGCAUCAAUAUCUGAAAUACCAAAUGCUGGGCAUGCUGUCCAUGUUGAGAAUCCCCUCUCUGUAAUAUAUGCCAUCCGGAAGUUCUUGAACAGAGUCAAUAACUUGCCAUCCUAUCAAUGAAAGGGACAGGGUUACUGCAGAUGGUGAAAACGUCCCACUUUUUUUAUCAAUAGUUCUGGAGGUUUCAGGCGAACUGAGCGCCAAAGUGAGCGAGUUCAACUGCUGGGUCAAGUUUAGAAGAUACUCUACAUGAGAUUCCACGAGUAAAUACGUUGGUUUUGCUAAGCUCGAUCUUUGGGAGCCAUACUCCACAAGGUUUGUCUUCUGCAGAAAUUUUCAGAAUUUCUGUUAAGCUUAUCGAAUGAAGGAAUGAUACUCUUGACGACUGAUUUUUUACAAAGUCUAAGACGGACGCGCGUGGAGACCAACUAGAUUUGCUUAGCUCGAUCGAUAGUUCUGCUGCAUAAUAAUAAUAAUAAUCCCUCAGGUCCCAAAAACUAAUCCAUAAUGCAAAAGAGUAGCGUUUUUGGAGGUCUUGAGUUCUGUUCAAGCGUGUGUGCGAAUUCCAUCAAAAAUUGAUGAAUG